AGAACACACUCACACACACACAGAGCAGUAACUUUCCUUCACCACAAAGAGGCACUACAACACCUUAAAUUUCACUCUGUUCCACUUUAUUCCCCCAGCCUGAGGUUCAUCACAUCACAGAGGUGUUUAAAGCAAGUAAGAGGGAGAGAAGAGAGGUAAAGGAGGGAGAGACAGAGAAAGAGAGAGAGAGAGAGAGAGAGAGAAAAGAGACACACAGAGAGAUACAGAGAGUAAGUGAGAGUGAGUGAGUCAGAGAGAGAGAGAGAGAGAGAGAGAGAGAGAGAGGUAGGUCGGUGAUGAGUGAGGCGAGGCAGGUGCUUUUUUCUCCUCUCCUCUUCCCGGAGUGCUCAUUUACAUUUUCCUCCCCGGUUCCUCUUCGGUUCCUCUCUGGUUCCUCUCUGGUUCCUCCUCGUGGGUGAGAAGAUGGGAUCUCCAGCCGUUUCUCUCCUCUUCUCCUCCACUCUGCUGCUCUCCUUCUCAGUGUCUCGCUCUCAGACGCACAAUGACACGGAGCCUGUGGUUCUGGAGGGGAAAUGCCUGGUGGUGUGCGACUCUAAUCCAUCCUCAGACGGGGGUGUCACCUCUUCUUUUGGUAUCUCGGUGCGAGCUCCGGGGGCGAAAGUGGCGUUCUCGGCUGUCAGGGGGACGAACCACGAACCAUCCGAGAUGAGCAACAAGUCCAUGACCAUCUACUUCGACCAGGUUCUCGUCAACAUCGGCCACCAUUUUGACCUGAAGGCGAGUGUGUUCCAGGCACCGAGACGCGGCAUCUACAGCUUCAGCUUUCACGUCGUUAAGGUCUACAACCGUCAGACCAUCCAGGUGAACCUGAUGCACAACGAGUACCCGGUCAUAUCAGCAUUCGCAGGAGAUCAGGACGUGACUCGUGAGGCGGCGAGUAACGGAGUUCUUCUGCUUCUGGAGCGAGAUGACCGACUCUACCUGAAACUGGAGAGAGGAAACCUUAUGGGAGGAUGGAAAUAUUCCACCUUCUCCGGAUUUCUUGUCUUCCCGCUCUGAUUUCCACGUCCUCCAUGUCGGAAUCCUGCUCCUUUAAUCCCACUGUACUGCACAUUAACAAGGCCUUCACGAAUGUGUGCAGUACAAGUGGAUUUAAGGAGCUCCAGGUUCUGAGUUAAAGGAAACAUCCGGCGUUUUUCAUUCUGAUCUCUCUGCAGAUUUCCAUUUGUGAUUGAUAGUCACAUAAUUUAAACAUUUAUUCAGUAAUGUAGCUUAACAUCUGCCCUUAGACUUCCAGAAUUCUCUUCUCAGUGAUGGAGAUUAGAGUGGAAAAUGCUGGAGACAUCUGAAACAGCUUCGGCUGGAGAACUUCCUAAUGUCCUUGAAGAACCUGGUGAUCAUCAAAGUUUUAAUGACGGAGUGAUGAUCAGGUUUAAAACCAAACUCUUUAGGAAGAAUAAAGGACUGAAGAGCAUGAGGACAUUUUCCAAAAGGACUUAUGUCAUGUUGUUUUAUCAAAAAUACAGCUUGUAUGUAUCACCUUUUAAAUUCUCGAUUCAGGAUUCAGGAUUUUAUAGCCUGAGGAACCUAAAAACCGAGUGUAAAGUGUCGUUAAACAGGCUUGUGUAUAAACCAAACGCAAUCUAGGCAUGGGUUUUUGAUUAUUUUUGUACUGAAAAAAAAUAGAUUCUGUUGCACGCAGUGUGAUUUGUUCAGUGCUUCAGGUGUUUUGUUCAGUAGUCGUCUUUUUAUUAGUAUUGCUAUUAAUCCACUAUCGCAAUAUCCACUCUAUGAGAUUUUAAAUAAACGUGAAUGUAAAUAGCUGAUGAUCAUCAUGCCAUAAACACAUAACACAGAGAAUGUAAUCACGAACCGUUCACUCAGCUUCACUUCUCAGUAAACAAAACCACAAAUGCAACAUGGCUUAUAUUUGUUUUUCAUUUUGUAUUUUUUUAAUUUAUAGACCAUUUAGAGAAUAAAACUUCUGAGAAAAAAUAUGAGCUACACAUAAUCAUAAAUGAGGGGAUUAGAAUGAAAAUGAGUUGCCAGUUUAUCAGAUCCACUUAGCAUUAGCUAGCCAAACUCACUAAAAAGCUAGCUCAUGCUAUGCUAAUUAUACUGUGUAAUCCAGUAACCAGGUUCACGAUGUUAUGCUAACUGUCAUAUCAGCGAGUCCGUUAGCAAGAUAGCUAGUUAACUUUUUUGAGUUCCUUCAUUCUAAGUUUGUUAGCAAGCUAGAUAGCAUGUUAAUGCUAAUGUUAAAGGCUUAAUGGAUGUAGUGUAAAGGUUUAAAAUUUGCCUGAUUAAUACAGAUUACACGUAUUGUGACGAGUGUGUGUAGCCUGUAUCAAGGAUUUUUACAAGUAAAACAGUCAAACGCAGAAACUCAUUUCUUCCUGUUUGAGUAUCUUUUGUGUUAAACGUGGCAAAGAGCCUGAGCUCCAUCACCCUCUCGGUCCUGACCUUUAUUUUUACCUACAGAUGAUUAAAAGGGAGUUAAAAAGACACACAUAACUAAACAAUGCUCUGAGCUUUAGGGGAAAAGACACAUUUUACACAAAUCUAAAUGCUAAGAGAAAAUUAGCUCAACAUUAUUUAAAAAAAAAAAAAAAAGUUAUUAGUUAACUGUAGUGUUGCUGCUUGUAUUCAUUUUGUAAUCAGUCAUCUUUUAGCUUUAUAAACCUCUUAUAUAGUAUUAGUUUUAUUUGUAGUACUGAGUGACGCACAGUAGUUUCUCAAAAUGGUGGAACCACAAAGAUUUACUUAGCAGCUGAUGCUAAGUGUAAACACAGUGUAAUUUUAGCCGUACAGAGUCUUUUUUUUUAGUUAUUUACCAACACAUCUGAGGUAAAUGUUGACGUUCCAGAUCAGUUUGUCUCAUUUUUACAGUCUCUAACUUUUUACAUUGUCUUUAAAUAAAGACUGCUAGCUAAAUCAUUUGCCUCAGUACUCAGCUAGCUUGGCUCCCCUGUUGCCUGGUUGCCUAGCAACAGUGCUGUCUUGACUUUACUCAUUUGAAGCAGCCUUUUUGUGUGUGUGUGUGUGGAUAUUAUAAAUCCAUAGAUGUUUAUUGUUUAGCAGAACAAUAAACUAAGUCCAGCCUUUCUCUUACUUUUAUAUUUACAUUUUAUAUUUAAUUUUGUUUCUGUGACUUUAUUGUCUGUAUAAUGUUUACCAGAUAACUAGCCUUUUUCAGAAAUGUGCUUCAUGUAUACAAUUAAAAUAUUAA